AUGGCUACGCUUUCAAAUCUAACAUUUUCUGGAAAAGUGCUGACAAACCCUAAUAAUGGGGGAAAGCUGGCUUUUUUGGAUAUGUCUCUAGAUGACAUUAUAAUCCUUAAAAAGAUAGAAACUACCUGUGUGGAAGAAAACAAGGAUAAAAAACAAAAUAAUAAAAAAACUGCAACUUCAAAACGGCGAUCAAAUGCUCGUAAGCAUCGCAAGCAGAGAGGAUGCACAAGACUCCAAAACAAGCCUGAGGAAAAAACUGAAGAUAAAAAAGCACACCAAGAACCUUCUGGAGUAAAGUCUGGACAAAGCCCUUUAAAUAAGCAGACUUCAAAUGAGCAGGAGAAGUACAGUGACAAUUAUAAGGCCCAAUCAGAGAGGAAUCAAGGCCAAUCGGAGGAGAAACAGCAUCAAUCAGAAGGAAAUCAAGUCCACUUAGAGAGAUCUCAUGGCCGAUCAGUGAGAUCUCCUGGCAAAUCCAAGAGAUCUGUUGGUCAAUCAGAGAGAGCGCAUGGCCAAUCAGAGAGAUCUCAUGGUCAAUCAGAGAGAUCUCAUGGCUACACAGAAAGAUCUCAUGGCCAAUCAGAGAGCUCUCAUGGUCACUCAAAGAGAUCUCAUGGUUGCUCAGAGGGAUCUUGUGGUCACUCGGAGAGAUCUCAUGGUCACUCAGAGAGGUCUCAUUGUCAUUUGGAAAGAUCUUGUGGCCCCUCAGAAAGAUCUCGUGGCCAUCUCGUGACCGCUCGGAGAGAUCUUGUGGCCGCUCGGAGAGAUCUUGUGGCCACUCAGAGAGAUCUUGUGGUCACUCAGUGAGAUCUAGUGGUCGCUCAGAGAGAUCUAAUAGUCGCUUGGAGAGAUCUCAUGGUCAUUCAGAGAGAUCUCAUAAGAUCUCAUGGUCAAUCAGGGCGAUCUUAUGGCCAAUCAGAGAGAUAUCGGAGAUACUCACCAGGAAGAAGAUUCCAAUCGUCACCGGAAACUGAGUUCGAAUUUGACAGGUAA